UUUGGCUGAAUCUCCAUGCAGUUUCAGAAAAACGGGAGAGCAGCCAAGGGCCAUGUGGCUCCGGGCCCUGCUGUGCCAGCAGCAGUAGCAUGUCCUGGGGGACUUUUUGAAGAAUGGGACAGCGACAGCUCGGGACCCCUCACCGUGCCUCCAGCCAUCUGCAGCCGGACCACGGUGCCACCCUCGACGGCUUGGUUUUGCACCGACAUCAAGAGGGCUCUGGAGAACAGCCCCGAGACCAACAUCGAGGAUGAGCUCCCCGACGGACCGCCGCAGCCGCGGCCCAAGAACUACCUGCUCCUCAGCAUCCUCGCUUGUUUCUGCCCCGCCUAUCCCGUCAACAUCGUAGCCUUCGUUUUUGCCGUCAUGGCUUUAAACAGUUAUAAUCAAGGAGAUAUAGAAGGGUCAAAAAGACUGGGUCGCAAUGCACUCUGGGUUGCUGUUGCAUCCAUUAUCAUUGGCCUUGUCAUCAUUGGAAUCUACUGUGUAGUUCAUUUCACAACGCAUGCUAUCUGAAGACCAGGACUGCACGUGGAGUAUAUCACCAUGUAAAUCUCAGGAGGGGAAAAGUAAGAAGAAGAGAAGGAACCCCUUCUUUCCAGACUGUUAGAUUUGACCCUACAAGUCUGCGGAGGCAUGUUGCUGGUGGAUGAAAUGAUAACCCAGUUAGUUAAUCAGCAUGGCGUGACCAGGUUUUCAAAAUUAUUUAUUUAUAAUGAAUCUCAGUAUAAAGCAGCAUUUUCUCUUUUACCCUAAUAUAUAAUGUGAUUUGCCCUAACAACUCCUUUUUUUUUUUCUUCAUUUACAUGGAGUAACGUAUGCUGGGUCCAUGAUGUUCCCUGGCUGAGCCUACCCUACUUAUCCAGACUGUUUGUAGUGUGCAAUGUAAGAUCUGAUACACAGCCCACUGAAGCCAGUAGAAAUCAUGUCACCUCCAGUGGGUUUUGGAUCAGGCCAUUAAGGAUUUUUUUAUUCCUGUAAAAUAGUCUCAAUACAGCAUAAUCAUAACAAUGGGUUUGUGAUUUUAUCCUGCUAUGUGAUUUUAUAAUGCUGUGGGUGUACUCUGACUCAGUGGCUGCUUUCUUCUGUCACCCUCAGCUUUUAGGUCUUUCCAUUGGAUUUUUCACCGUCUGGGACCGAUUUCAAUCACCUAAUUAUUAGAAGACGCUUUUGUUCCAUAGCAUCUGUAUUUUUAUUAAUGAUUUCUUGUUUUGUUGUCUUUCAUCGUUGAACUCCCUUGACUUAGCUCCAGUCCUGCAUUAGAGUUGCAUUGACCAUAUUUUCCUCUUUAAAAUGCAUGUAAGAAGUUGUUUUUUUUUAAUCUCACAAAUGAUCUUUUUAAAUAGAUGUUCUUCUUCAUCCCUUUGUUAUUGUUCCUCUAGCAAGUCACAUACUUUGUGUUCUGCCUUGUUCAUAUCUUUUUUGUUUAGUUCAUCCUCUCGUCUUGCUAUGAAUAGUCUAUAUAUCAAUGCAGUUAGAGAUGGACAGACUUUUCUACACUCACAUUAUGUAGACUCUUGCUGAUCCCGAGUUAUUUCUCAGUGAACAGCCUUAGAUUACAGAACUGAUGGCCUCUGAGUUACAGCAGUUUCUUGACACUUUAUGAAAAUUUAGCAUGGGAUAACUGUUUUUUAUUAGCUGAAAAUUGUUUGAAAGAACAUGUUUGUUUUGUAACACCAAUAUUCCAUUUUCAAAGGAGUAAACUCUGUGAGCAUUAACACAGAUGACUACAUCCUCAGUGGCAAUUGCUCCAUUUGCUUUAAUUGUUACUACAUCUUCAAGCAAGCUAUGCCAACUUACACUUAGUCUCCUUACACUAAGGUAGAUCUAGAUCGACUGGAUCUGGAUCCAGAAAUGCAUGGGAGUUUUAUAGGUGCAUGUGAGCAAUGCAUCAUGCCUAGCAGGAGUACACCUAUUGCCAAAAAAAAAAAAGAUAUCUCCCAGAAAUUUGUACCUGUUAAAGCAUAUGCCUGGAAGUAGCAUGUAUUUUCUGUGCCUUGGUAUUAUACUUUUAAUGUGCUUUUUCACUUUUCUUUCUGCCAGAUUCUGUUUUUCAUUGAAGUCAGUGAUGCACAGCCUAUCCUUAAUUACUCCAGUCUAAAACUUUACUCACAUCAGUGAAAUCAGUUAAUUUCUUCAGCAUUUACACUGAUCUAAUUUGUCAAUGUGGGAAUCUUGCCACUGAUUUUGAGGAUCACAAGAAUUGGCUGUCCUGUGAACUUCUCUGUUUUUUGAAUACUAUUUCAACGGUCUGAUAUGUCUUGUGGGACUUUUAGUAGCUUGCCUUAUUAUCAAAUAUGAUAGAACUGUCAUUGAGAAGUGGAAUAAAAUUGCUUUUAAUUCAUGUC